UAUAUAGGAAGUUACUUUGGGAGGAGCCGGUUUGAGAGGCUUCAGGCACAGAAGGCAGGGCCAUGGCUUCUGCAGCAGCAGAGACAGAGAAGGAGUCUCCAGCCGUGGUGGGACUGCUGGUACUGGGUAACAUCAUUAUUCUGCUAUCAGGCCUGGCCCUGUUUGCUGAGACGGUGUGGGUGACAGCUGACCAGUACCGUGUAUACCCACUGAUGGGUGUCUCGGGCAAGGAUGAUGUCUUCGCGGGCGCCUGGAUCGCCAUCUUCUGUGGCUUCUCCUUCUUCGUGGUGGCCAGCUUGGGUGUGGGUGCAGCGCUCUGCCGUCGCCGCUCCAUGGUCCUCACGUACCUGGUGCUGAUGCUCAUUGUUUACAUCUUUGAGUGCGCUUCCUGCAUCACCUCCUACACCCAUCGAGACUAUAUGGUGUCCAACCCAUCCCUGAUCACCAAGCAGAUGUUGACCUUCUACAGUGCAGACACGGCCCAGGGCCAGGAGCUGACCCGCCUCUGGGACCGCAUCAUGAUUGAGCAACAGUGCUGUGGCACCUCUGGCCCCAUGGACUGGGUGAACUUCACCUCAGCCUUCCGGGCAGCCACCCCAGAGGUGGUGUUCCCCUGGCCCCCGCUGUGCUGUCGCCGGACGGGUAACUUCAUUCCGAUCAAUGAAGAAGGCUGCCGCCUGGGCCACACAGACUACCUGUUCACUAAGGGCUGCUUUGAGCACAUAGGCCACGCCAUCGACAGCUACACAUGGGGCAUCUCCUGGUUCGGCUUUGCCAUCCUGAUGUGGACGCUGCCUGUGAUGCUGAUUGCCAUGUACUUCUACACCACGCUGUGAGGAACAGGGAGGCCAGGCCAGGGUGCACAUCCUCUCCCUCCUGCUUGGCUGCCUUCAUCCAAGAUCUGAGCUCUGCCAGGAGUGGGGGUUCCCAGAAACCACCGGACACCUGUGCACAGGCCCUGACCCCCCUUAAUCUCAUCGCACCUGACUCCUGUCUUCCACAGUCAUUGAAAUCUUAGGGUUCCUGCCUAGGAUUGCUUCCCUGUUCACGGUGGGUGUUUCCACACUGGCUGAAUAAUUUGCAAUAUCCUCAAAGCUCUGGUAGACUGGAGUUGCCAUGAAGGGAGGGAUGGAUUCUGUCUUGAAUGCUCCAUUGUCCUGCAUUGCUCAGCUCAGGGUUGAGUGUGGACAGGCAAUAAAUACUGGUUGAAUGAG